AUGGAUUCAGUCACCGCUCCUCCAACUACGCAACAUUCUCAGGACUCUUUGAUCAAUAUCGAUCAUGUCAAAUAUGCUGAAAACAAUGAAGGCGGUCCUUCUUCCAUGCCACACAUUCCUGAUGAGAUCCUUUUGGAAGUCCUCAAAUACCACAUUCCAAAGAAUGGUGUCACGAUAUUUCCCAGCUCCUACGGCGAUGUUUGCCCUGCUACACUCACCUCCCUUCUGCGAACUUCUCACAAGGUCAGGAAUGAGAUCCUACACUAUACCAAGCACUUCCCCCUGCGCAUAUACAUCGCAAGCGGGAAACAUUGCCAGUGUAAUACCUUGAAGAACCCUCACAAUAUCCUCGCAACUUAUCUGGGAAAAGCAGCACAGCUUCCUCUUACAAUAUGGAACGAAGUUAUUGUGACAUUCCAACCCGAGCUGCACGAAUCAGUGAAUGAUGCAUGCGAGAAACUGCAGAGAACUCUGACAAGGACAGGAAUUGACUACUCGACCUUCAACACCCGUACUAAAUGGCGGAAGUCAAUCAGUUGUGUUCGCCGCCAGACAGCUGCCCUCACGCAAACAAUGGAAGAUCUCGCAAAUCUGCGAGAGGAUGAUCAGGUCCGCUUAAGAUUCGUGUUCGACGGACUGCGAGGGCUUGAUGCUCAAGACCAACGACGUCGAACGUCAGUUUGGGAAUUCAGCCACGUUGAGAAUAUUUUGGACUCGUGGCGAUGGCAGGCACAGCUCCAGGGAACCAUGCUGUCGGUGAAUUCCCGAAGCUGUUCGAACCUGGCCACAAGGAGUUCGAGACCUGGUGGAGGUUGUCGGACUACCCCGACGAGGCAAUAUCCUGGAAAUCCUGGCACUGCGGUACAGGCUAGUAUUUAA